AUGGUGAUUCGAGCGCAGCGUCCGUCCGGUGUUCCACUGCUGAACGGCAGUCUUCCGCCAACGUUGAUAAGCCUUGCGCAUCUUCGAUCGGAAUCCGCUGCUCCCCUCACCUCCACCGGCCUCCAGCUCGCCUUUGGCGAGCAGCAGCAGCAGCAGCAACGCGCCUUCAACCCCCUUCUUCCUGCUUCCCAAGCCCUCUUCGAGAAACUCGCCCCUCAUCUUAAGCAGCACCAAGACGAAAUCGAUGGCUACCUACGCGCGCAGGCUCUCCUGAGCGCCGCGGCGACUGCGGCACGGCAGAGGAUCAAGACGAAGGAAGCAGAGGUGGAGCAGGCCGCAAGGCAGAGCGCCGAGCUCGAGAGGCUAAUCGCCCGCCUGAGAGCCGAGACGCUUACCUGGCAAGCCAAAGCGGUGGCGGCCCAGACUGCGGUCGCGGGUCUACAGGCGCAGCUUCAGCGGGCCACGGAGGUGGCCGCGACCGCCUGGGAGGGCGAGGGCGAGAGCGGCUCUGCCUCGUUGAUCGACCAAGAGCCGGCAGCCCAGGGGUCAUGCCGCGCGUGCCGGCUGCGAAACGCGGCGGUUGUGGUGCUCCCGUGCCGCCACCUCUCCCUCUGCGCGGACUGCGCGGCCGCCGGUGCCGCUGAUUCGUGCCCCGCUUGCGGGCGCAUCAGCACCGGGAGCCUCCACGUUGCCUUCUCCUAA